AUGAUGAACCGAUAUUUCAUUCUCUCUUUCUGUAUUUUCUUCCUAUUUGUGAGCCGCCAAGUCUCCGCCUCCUCCGGUGUCACUUAUUGUGAGAAUGACUUGGCGACGAAAUGUCAGGACUCUUGUAGUUUCAAGAAAUGCGUAAUGGGAUCAUGCCGCUCGUCUGUCAACUCCGGUAGUCCGACAUGUAUAUGUGGAAUGUGUUACGGUGGAUUGGGACAACCAAAUGGACCAUUCGUGAUGAACGAGGAUACUGGAAAUCUUUCUUCUUAA